AUGUUGCCAACGGUGAUACUGCUCAUCUUCUGCAGCUUUCUGCAGUCUGCUGUUCUGAGCAAGGACUCCUGUUCCACCUGGGGAGGAGGGCAUUUUUCCACCUUUGACAAAUACCAGUACGACUUUACUGGGACCUGCAACUACAUCUUUGCAACUGUAUGUGAUGAAACCAGCCCAGACUUCAACAUUCAGUUCCGCCGCGGGCUGGACAAAAGAAUCAAGAGGAUCAUUGUCGAGCUGGGCCCUGCUGUUGUCAUCGUGGAGAAAGGCACCAUUUUUGUCAGGAAUGUUGGCAUCAUCCAGUUGCCUUACACCAGCAAUGGCAUUCAAAUAGCACCUUACGGACGCAACAUCCGCCUGGUGGCCAAGCUGAUGGAGAUGGAACUGGUGGUCAUGUGGAACAACGACGACUAUCUCAUGGUGUUGACUGAAAAAAAAUACAUGGGGAAGAUCUGUGGAAUGUGUGGGAAUUAUGAUGGCUAUGAACUGAAUGACUUUGUGAGUGAAGGUAAACUGCUGGAUACAUACAAAUUUGCUGCAUUACAGAAAAUGGAUGAUCCAUCAGAGAUCUGCCUGUCUGAGGAGAUAGCAGUCUCCACCACUCCUCACAACAAAUAUGCCAUGAUCUGCUCUCAGCUACUGAACUUGGUGUCACCGACUUGCACCGUGCCAAAGGACGGGUUUGUUGUCCGCUGCCAGCUGGACAUGCAGGACUGCAGUGAGCCAGGGCAAAACAACUGCACCUGCUCCACCCUCUCAGAGUAUUCAAGGCAGUGUGCCAUGUCCCACCAAACAGUGUACAACUGGAGGACUGAAAACCUCUGCUCUGUGGGAACGUGUUCUGCCAACCAGAUCUAUGAGGAAUGUGGUUCUCCAUGCAUUAAAACCUGUUCCAACCCCGAGUACAGCUGUUCCAGUCACUGUACCUAUGGCUGCUUUUGUCCAGAAGGAACCAUUCUUGAUGACAUCUCAAAGAACAGAACUUGUGUUCACAUUGAGCAGUGUCCAUGUUCACUGAAUGGCAAAAUAUAUGCUCCUGGAGAGACCAUGAAAGCAGCAUGUAGGACCUGCACGUGUCUGAUGGGUCAGUGGAACUGCAAAGAGCUGCCCUGCCCUGGAAGGUGUUCGCUGGAAGGAGGCUCCUUUGUGACCACAUUUGAUUCUAGACCAUACAGGUUCCAUGGGGUUUGCACUUAUGUCCUUAUGAAGAGCUCCAGCCUGCCACACAAUGGAACCCUAAUGGCUGUGUAUGAAAAGUCUGGCUACUCUCAUUCUGAGACAUCACUCAGUGCUAUCAUCUACCUGUCUUCAAAGGACAAGAUUGUGAUCUCUCAGAAUGAACUCCUCACUGAUGAUGAUGAACUUAAGAAGCUGCCUUACAAAUCAGGAGACAUCACCGUUUUCAGGCAGUCCUCAAUGUACAUCCACAUGCAUACAAGCUUCGGGCUGGAGCUCGUGGUUCAAACGACACCUGUGUUCCAGGCCUACCUGAAAGUAGGAUCACAGUACAAAGGCAGGACCCGGGGUUUGUGUGGCAAUUACAAUGGAGACACUACAGAUGACUUCAUGACUAGCAUGGACAUCACUGAAGGGACAGCCUCCCUCUUCGUUGAUUCCUGGAGGGCAGGGAAUUGCCAUCCUGCUCUAGAGAGAGAGAUCGACCCCUGUGCUUUGAGUCAGCUGAACAAAAUAUCUGCUGAGACUCAUUGCUCCGUCCUCACCAAGAAGGGCACAGCGUUUGAGAAAUGCCAUGCUGUGGUGAACCCUCUUCCUUUCUACAAGAGGUGUGUCUACCAAGCCUGUAAUUAUGAAGAGACCUUUCCUUACAUCUGCUCUGCCCUGGGAUCAUAUGCUCGGACAUGCGGUUCAAUGGGUUUAAUCCUGGAGAACUGGAGAAACGUCAUGGACAACUGCACUGUUACUUGUACUGGCAAUCAAACAUUCAGCUACAACACUCAGGCAUGUGACAGGACAUGUUUGUCACUCUCCAACCGAGCCCUGGAGUGUCACCCAACUGACAUCCCCAUUGAAGGCUGCCACUGUCCCCAAGGAACCUACCUGAACCACAAGCACGAGUGCGUGCGGAAGUCUCACUGUCCCUGCUACAUAGACGAGAGAAAGUACAUCUUACCUGACCAGUCCACAGUCACUGCUGGAGUUACCUGCUACUGUGUUAAUGGGAGGCUCAGCUGCACAGCCAAGCUCCAGGAUCCUGCAGAAAGCUGCAAAGCUCCCAAGAAGUACAUAUCAUGUUCUGACAGCUUGGAAGACAAGUAUGGAGCUGCCUGUGCCCCCACCUGUCAGAUGCUGGCCACUGGAAUUGAAUGUAUCCCCACCAAGUGCGAGUCAGGCUGUGUCUGCGCCGAUGGGCUCUACGAGAACCUGGACGGCAGGUGUGUUCCAGCUGAGGAGUGCCCCUGUGAGUAUGGAGGACUUGCUUAUGGAAAAGGUGAACAGAUCCACACUGAAUGCGAGAUCUGCACUUGCACAAAAGGCAAAUGGAAAUGUGUCCAGAAAUCAAGGUGCUCCUCAACGUGCAACCUCUAUGGGGAAGGUCACAUCACCACGUUCGACGGGCAGCGCUUCGUGUUUGAUGGCAACUGUGAAUACAUCCUGGCUAUGGAUGGCUGCAGUGUUCACAGAGCUGUUUCCUCCUUCAAAAUUGUCACUGAGAAUGUCAUCUGUGGCAGGUCAGGGGUUACGUGCUCCAGAUCCAUCAGCGUUUACCUUGGGAACUUGACAUUCAUUCUGCGAGAUGAAACCUACACCGUGUCUGGAGAAAACCCUGGGGUACACUACAAAGUGAAAGAGAAUGUCCUCCACCUGAUGUUUGACAUCAUCAUCCCAGGGAAGUACAACAUGACCCUCAUCUGGAAUAAGCACAUGAAUGUCUUCAUCAAGAUCUCCAGAGAAACACAGGAAACCAUAUGUGGUCUGUGUGGCAACUACAAUGGCAACAUGAAGGAUGACUUCCAAACUCGGAGCAAGUAUGUGGCCUCCAAUGAACUGGAGUUUGUCAACUCCUGGAAGGAGAAUCCUCUCUGUGGGGAUGUCUACUUUGUAGUGGACCCCUGCAGCAAGAACCCUUACCGGAGAGCCUGGGCAGAAAAGACAUGUUCCAUCAUCAACAGCCAGGUCUUUUCUGCCUGUCACAAUAAGGUCAAUCGGCUGCCCUACUACGAGGCCUGCGUGCGGGACUCGUGCGGCUGCGACAUCGGGGGGGACUGCGAGUGCAUGUGCGACGCCAUCUCCGUCUACGCCAUGGCCUGCCUGGACAAGGGCAUCUGCGUCGACUGGAGGACCCCCGACUUCUGCCCUGUCUACUGUGGGUAUUACAACUCUCAUACAAAAGCAGCAGCUGGGGAUGGUUAUUCCUCUGACUACAACAAGGAGAACUGCACCUGGCACUACAGGCCUUGUAACUGCCCAAAUCAGAGCUUCAAAUAUGUCAACAUCGAAGGCUGCUACAACUGCUCUCACGAUGAAUACUAUGACUAUGAGAAGGAAAGCUGCAUGCCCUGUGCUGUCCAACCUAGUGCUUUACUCACUGCUACAUGUCCUCAUACAUGUUGGUGA